CCUUUUCUGUCCCGAUAAAAGCGAAAGCAUGGAAAAAACAAGAAGAUAAAAAAGGCAAAGCAAUAAAGAAAGUAAGGAAAGAGAGAAAAAAAAAAGGUGCUCAAAGCCUCCAUGAUUCAAAUUCUUUCAGGGAAUUGGACUUGAGGGUAACUUCUCUCUUACCUCUGUUACUUAAACCAGAGUAGGAAGACCUCCCAAAGUUUCUACAAAGACUUGCUUGGCAGCCAGCUUAUAGGGGAAAAGAAAAGUAAGGGAAAGAGAAAGUGAAAGGAAAACAAGAAGGAAAGUGAUCACUCUCAUCAUCAUCAUCAUCAAAUCAGUUUUUGGUGAGGGAAGGCCAUGAACCGAGGAGUGUUGCAGAGCUCACCAGUGCAGCAGAUGAUGGCCGGAAAUCCUAACUGGUGGAGCAUCAACAGCAUGCGCCCACCAACUCAUCAACAAGGAGCUUCUCCUUUCUUGCCUCCACCUCCUCCUACUACUUUCUUCCCUCAAUUCACACCCACCUCUUCUUCUACUUCUUCUUCUUCUUCUUCUUGUUGGCAUGAUAACCAGGAGCUUCCAGCUGAGUCAUGGAGUCAACUACUCUUUGGCGGAUUGGUGGGACAAGAAGAAAAGGAUGGUAUAGGCCAGUUUCAUGUUCAACCCAAGAAGUUGGAGAACUGGCUGGAGGAACAAGCAUUACCCCAAGCAUCUAAUGCUACAUCUGUUGUGGAUGUGAAGCAAGAAAACUCUGCAAGCAGCUAUGCAUAUGGACAUGCAAAAGAAGAUUUUCAUCAUCAGGCAACUAAACCAGCUUGGUCUCAUCAGAUAAUUGCAGCUGCUUCAUCCCCCAAGUCCUGUGUAACAAGUUUCAGCAGUAACAUGUUGGAUUUUUCUGGUAACAAAUUAGCUGAUACAAGGCAGCCACCGGUCUCUGAGUGUAACAGCACCCCAACUGAUGGGACAUUGAAGAAAGCAAGGUUUCAACCUUCUGCAACACAAUCUACCUUCAAGGUGAGGAAGGAAAAAUUAGGAGACAGAAUUACAGCACUUCACCAGCUUGUUUCUCCAUUUGGGAAGACUGACACAGCCUCUGUCUUGUUAGAGGCUAUUGGGUACAUUAGAUUCCUUCAGAGUCAAAUUGAGGUUCUCAGCUUACCGUACAUGGGCAGUGGAUCAGGAAACAUGAGUCUGCCGCAGCAACAGUCUGUUCAAGGGGAGAGAAAUUCUAUAUUUCCUGACGACCCUGGUCAGCUGUUGAACGAAAACUGCAUGAAGAGGAAAGGUGGUCCUGAUCAGCUGGAUUCUCAUGAUCAAGAGCCAAAGAAGAACCUGAGGAAUAGAGGGUUGUGCUUGGUUCCAGUGUCAUGCACAUUUCAAGUUGGGAGUGACAAUGGAGCUGAUUAUUGGGCUCCUGCCCUGGCUGACGGGUCCCGAUAGAAGGGUUAAUUAGAACCGUUGAAAGGUUAGCAGACACUUGGAAAAAAAAAAAAAAAACAAAGACCAGAGAUGAGAGCAGAGCAGCUUCACGAAAACGAUAUAACACCAUGAGCAGUCACUCUGCUAAAAUGUUGUAAGGUUGAUUGCUCAUGAUGCUAUACAUAUAUUCUUUCUUUGGACUAUUUGUAGAUGUACAUGUGUGUGCUAAGCUCUACCACGGCGGGGUGAUUAAUUGGAGAUCUCUCUCUCUAAUUUACUACUAAGAAUAUUUAAGCUAAUCUCUAUUUUUAUGAGAUAUUUGAUUAAAUUAUUAGCUGCUGCUACACUAGUAUUUGCUUUCAUGUAUAUCCAGUAGCGUGAAUUAAUGCUGCAUUGACUGAAAUUAGUAGCGUUCUUGAAUCA